CGAUUACUGUGCCGUAGCCAACAGUGUGGUGUGUCUCGCGGCAAUAUAUCCCAUUUGUUUAAUCAAAAUCACAUAUCACUCCAUUGAAAAUCCCAUUUUCAUUUCUUCUCUCCUCUCCUCUCCUCCUUUUGGUCUUUCCCUUAUCGUUUUGGCUCUUAUUUCAGUCGCUUUUUCAGUAAGUAUAGUGGCCACUGUUUCACUCGCUUCAGUCGCUUCUUCUUCUCACACACCAAUCCUCAGAGAGAGAGAGAGAGAGAGAGAGAGAGAGAGAGAGGCUUGGCCGAAGAUCACUACAACACCAAACUAAUCUUCUAGAAGCUUUCAGCUCAACGGAGAAGCCCACAGAGGAGCAGAGUUGUAAAAAUGGAGAGAAAGCAGGGGUUCUUUUCGGCGCUGAAAGAGGAGGUGGUGAGGGGGCUGUCGCCGGGAAGGUCGAGGGCGAAAAGUCCGGCGAGUAGUGGGUCCCCCAUGUCGAGCCUGCUCCGGCGGAGGAAGAACAGCGGCCACCACAACCACGUGGCGCCACCGGAGGUGUUGAUCUCGAGAUCCGGGAGUCUGAGGCCGGCGGAGGCGCUUUCGCCGCUCAAGGAAGGGCCCGACGGGACGGACGGCGGAGAUUCAAAGAUGGAGGGAAGGUGGGGCCACUGGAUGAAGGGGCAGCUCUGUAGGGCCCCCUCCGUGUCGUGCUCCGCCUAUAAGAGGUCCGAUCUGAGGUUGCUGCUCGGCGUUCUCGGCGCGCCGCUCGCCCCGGUGCACGUUAGCACCACCGAGCCUUUGCCUCAUCUGAGCAUCAAAGAUACCCCCAUUGAAACAUCAUCUGCUCAGUACAUAUUGCAGCAAUACACGGCAGCAUCAGGAGGACAAAAACUUCAAAAUUCUAUGCACAAUGCUUAUGCGAUGGGAAAGGUGAGGAUGAUAGCAUCCGAGUUCGAAACAGCUAAUAGGGUUGUUAGGAGCCGGAAUUCUUCCAAAGCAGCAGAAUCCGGCGGCUUUGUUCUUUGGCAGAUGAAUCCAGACAUGUGGUAUGUUGAACUUGCACUUGGUGGCAGCAAGGUCCAUGCUGGUUGCAACGGCAAGCUUGUGUGGAGGCACACCCCUUGGCUUGGUGCACAUGCUGCGAAAGGACCUGUUAGACCUUUGCGCCGUGCCCUUCAGGGACUUGAUCCAAGAACAACAGCGAGCAUGUUCACCAAUGCCCGAUGCAUUGGCGAGAAAAAGAUCAACGGGGAGGAUUGUUUCAUCCUCAAGCUCUGUGCUGAUCCUGUGACGCUGAAGGCCCGGAGUGAAGGGCCUGCAGAGAUCAUCAGGCACGUUUUGUUUGGCUACUUCAGCCAAAAAACAGGGCUUCUUGUCCACUUGGAAGACUCCCAUCUGACCCGCAUUCAAAACAAUGGAGGUGAUGCUGUGUACUGGGAGACAACAAUCAACUCAUUCCUUGAGGAUUAUAGGCCUGUGGAAGGAAUUAUGAUUGCUCACUCAGGGCGUUCGGUAGUAACCCUUUUCAGAUUCGGAGAAACUGCAAUGAGCCACACAAAGACUAGGAUGGAAGAGGCUUGGACAAUUGAGGAGGUGGCGUUCAAUGUCCCUGGCUUGUCAAUGGACUGUUUCAUUCCUCCUGCUGAGUUAAGAUUUGCGUCCAUGAGUGAAGCCUGUGAGCUCCCUCAGGGCCCGACUGUUAAGACCACCGUGGCAGCAGCUGCAUAUCGAGCGAAAGUUGCUGCACUGGAGAAAUCUCGAGACGGCAAUGUCAAUAAUAUCACGUGGAAGAUGGAUGUUUAGAGACACCACGCGGUCUAUGGGUAGAUUCUCUGCGUAAAUUCUAGUUUUAAGAACUGACAAAGUCGAAAGUAGAUUGGCAAAGUAGGACUAUGGAAUUUUUUUGCUUCCUCCUUUUCUACUUUUUUCUGGCAGAAAUAAUUCUGCAUGGUUCAAAUGUGUUUACAAACUUUGUACAUAGAGCACAAUCAUUCAUAGAUUUUCUCGGGCCCGAUCAAGUGUAUUCAGCUUGUUCUCAGUCAGAAAUCUACCGUGGAUGCAGGCUCGGGGUUUUGAUGGUGAUUGAACUAACUGAGGUCUGUUCCCCAUUACAACGCAUAGACGUGAAAUCAGGAUUUUAAGGAGCUUUUCUCUCUCGAGAUUCUUGUAUACUUCAUCUGUAAAAGGGUUUCAACCCCACAUCUCAAGUCUUUAGAUCAAUAUGUACUCAUAUGAAUGACGUUUGUGGUGUUUCUUAGCAAAUGCAAAUUAUGUCCUUAGACUUCUGUCAGUUCCAAGUUUUGGCGUUGUAGUUUUACAUAUGGUGUUUUAUUAAAGAAUUAAGUGAACUUGGCGAAA